CAAACAGCGCAGCACAGCACACACCGCUCCCCCACCCCAGUCAUCUCACGCCCCCUGCCACCACGCCGCCCAAUUGCCCAAAGCUUGGGCAACGAAAAAAAUUCGCCCUUUUGUUCCUCCUCUCCGCUUUCCCAACCUCCCUUUUUCUUUUCUAAUCGUCCUGCAGGCCUCCAAGAAACUUGACCCCAACCCAAGUCGGAUCUGCGGCGCACGCAGCUCCCUCCCUCACUCUCUCACUCAAUCCCCCUCUUUUCUUUAAUCCUCUUGCCACUCUUAAUUAUUACCAUGAGCUGCUGAGUUAACCUUCCAAGAAACAGAAGCUGGAGAGCCUCCAAAAACCAAGAACAGAGUGAGCAAGUAGUAGGAUACGGGGGCAAGCAGACUCCAACUGGCUUCCUCGCAUUCGCCGUGUGCCGCGUGAGAGAGGGAAGCUUCCCGUUCCUCACUGUCUCUGGAGGGAGACUCCGGUGUGGUCCAGUUCUUGUGCUUAGUCCAGACGGUUCUUCCUUCCUGCCAUCUCCGCUUGCGGCGAUCUCUGCUCGGAGGAAGAAGAGGAGGGCUCUUCUCUGGGGGGGACCAACAAGAGAUCAGCUUUUAUCAAGAGAUUCUAAGAAAGUGCCCCUGGUGGAUCAUAACUAAUCAGAUGCUUGGCCGCAGGCGCAACAACAUGUUGCCCAAGAGACUGGAGGGCGUGUUGUUGUUGUUGUUUAUGCUCAUGGUUUCCAAUGCUUCAGGAGCAUUUGUUGGCGUCCAUGUUGGCACCGGUGUCUCAGACCUGCCAUCACCAUCAGACAUAGUCUCAAUCCUUAAAGCAAAGAGGAUUCAACAUGUUCGGUUGGUUGAUUCAGACCAUAAGAUGCUAGUUGCCCUUGCCAAUACCGGAAUCGAAGUGAUGGUUGGGGUGCCAAAUGAUCAGCUGCUUCGUGUGGGGCAGUCUCGUUCUACAGCAGCUGAUUGGAUUAAUAAGAAUGUUGCUGCCUACAUUCCGGCUACUAACAUCACCUAUAUUGCCGUGGGUGAUGAGGUUCUUACUACUAUUCCAAAUGCAGCUCUUGUUCUUGUACCUGCACUGCAAUUCCUCCAAUCAGCACUGUUAGCUGCAAACCUCAAUACCCAGGUGAAAAUUUCAAGUCCUCAUUCGAUGGAUAUGAUCUCUAAGGCAUUUCCUCCCUCUACUGCCACUUUCAACUCGACAUGGAGCUCAAUAAUGUCCCAAUAUCUUCAGUUUCUGAAUAAUACAGGGUCUUCCUUCAUGCUGAAUGCUCAACCCUAUUAUGGCUAUGUGAAAGGGCAAGGCGUAUUCCCUUUAGAGUAUGCCCUGUUCCGGUCACUCAACCCCAACAGUAAGAUUGCAGAUCCGAACAGUAAUUUGUUCUAUACCAAUAUGUUUGAUGCUAUGGUGGAUGCUGCAUACAACUCAAUGCAAGCAAUGAAUUUCACCGGGAUUCCUGUUAUGGUCACAGCUUCUGGUUGGCCAUGGCGUGGUGCACGAAAUGAGCCGGCUGCUGAUGUUGAUAAUGCUUUGGCUUACAAUACAAACCUCAUACGCCAUGUACUAAAUAGUUCCGGUACACCUAGCCAGCCAAAGAAUCAAGUAAGCACAUACCUAUUUGAGUUGUUCAGUGAGGAUCGUCGGACAGGACCUGUUUCGGAGCAGAAUUGGGGGAUUAUGUUUACCAAUGCAAGUGCAGUUUACUCCCUGGCAUUUGAAGAUGUAGCUGCAAAUAAUACAGAUUCACCGGCUUUGCGUGGGAUGUUUUGUGUGGCAAAUUCAAGUGCAUCCCAUAGUGCACUAAAGCAAAGCUUGGAUUGGGCAUGCGGUCCUGGCUCCGCAAACUGCAGUGCAAUUCAACCUGGGCAGCCGUGCUAUAAAUCAGAUGACAUUGUAGCUGUUGCUUCUUAUGCUUUCAACGAUUAUUACCAUAGAACGCAAACAAGUGGCGGUACAUGCAACUUCAAUGGCACAGCAACUAUAUCAUCUACUGAUCCAAGCCAUGGUUCAUGUAUUUUUUUGGGAAGCACUGGCGCCAAUGGCAGUGGCAAUGGUGCGGCUUCCGGACCUGUGAGCCAAGACAGUUUUGCUUCAGGAUUGCAAUCAUGCUGGUUGGCUCACCUAGUGGUCUUGUUACCUGUUGUACUUCUGCUGUAAAACAUUGUGAAAUUAUGUUGCAUUUUGGAUGAGAUGCGCAGAAUUUGAUGCGCUUCUUGUCAUUAGCUAGCGUAGGGGUGUAUUGACUAUUGAGGUAGAUGACUUGUACCUGUCAAAAUUUGUUGUCGUAGGAAUGAAUGGCCAAGGUGCACCAAUUUUGAAUCUCAGGCUGGGGUGUUUAAUUGUGGAA